GCCGCAUAUGCUAAUAGCAUUCACAGACACGACAAUCCAACACCAACCAAACCUUUUACCUACCGUCCGGACCGUCAAACACCCCCGGUAUUCCUCUGUUCGCUGAACAGUCACUCAGCUAUGGGCAAAGAACGAUCCAGCAAGGAAUCGAACGGCUCGGGCAAAGACAAGGACAAGAAGAAGAAGAAAGGCUUCUCAGUCGGCCCAGCGAACCUCCCCGAUGGCACCUACAAGCGCAAAGUCACAAAAAUCAAGGAGAGCUUGAUCCAUAAGGCGAAGGUCCGCAAGCAAUACAGCAAGACGCUUUCCUCCGCACCCGUCGACCCCUCCACCGAUCCAAACGUACUUCGCGCGCAAAGACUGUUCGAAGAGGCCGAGCAGGAGCGACUGCUGCGUCGCCAGAAGGCUGCUGAGGCCGCGGAGGCCACAAAGUCUGCAGAGGGUGCCACUGAAGGCAAGGACGAGCCGCCCGCGUUUCACCCAGAUCGCCUGGCCGCUAUUAAGACCCAGGAGGAGGCAGAGGAGCCGUCGAAUGAGCGCCGCAAAAGGAAGCCGAAGACCUCAUCUUACAAGAAGGAGGAGACAUUCGCCGCCAGACAAGCAGCUGAGCGAGAGGAGGCUAUGCGACAAGCGGAGGAGAGGAGAAAAGAACGAGAGAGAAAGAUCAAAGAGAGGGAAGCACGGACAAAGGCGAUUUUCGCAAAGACACGCAACGGGCAGGUCAAGCUGGGCAAGCAGAGUCACGUUUUGCUCGACAAGGUCAUGGCUCAGAUGGGUCGGAGUUGAUUGGGCGGGUUGCUUUGUCUACCUUCAUUUGGAUCUUGCUUGAGGCGUUGGUUUGGGACGGAAAAGCGUAUCAUUUCUUCCUUUCCUUCUUGCUUUCUUUGCGCACCUUUUGUAGACCGUAAUCAAGUGGACUAUCUUUCAGUCCGGGUGGUGAAUUGUUUCGAGAAUUUAAUGUCGAAACUGUAUCAGUGCUCUCGAGUGAUUCAAUGUAGUUAAAUUGCGGC